CAGUUUCUGCAGCCAGUCAGUGUACAUCUGUGAACGUGCUUGUGGUCGCAGCUGCCCAGCAAUUGCAGAUUUACCGGCAGGCCAAGGACUUACAAAAUAUUGUUUCAUCGUUUUUGUAUAGUAGAUUUGCAAGAUUCAACAGGAAUAUUUUUCUUUAAAAAAUUGUGACUGUGAUUUAGUCUUAACUUAAAUAAGCAGCUUACAUUCCAUAGUUUAAAUUCCAUUUCAAACAACGUUUCUAAUCAUUUGUUAGGUUAAAAUAUACAGUACCGUAUAAUUUGUCUUGCUUAAAUUAUUCAAAAUCUUGGUAAUUCUUGAUAAGUAUUGAACAUGAAUCCGUUAGUGAUUCCACCAUCACCAAGUUGGUAUCUUGGUAAAGUUAUUAACAGCAGGAGUGAUGGCAUUAUCGCUUAUGGAGCCAGACAUGAAGUUGUUAUAAUAAAACCUAAAAAUGACGACUAUUCCUUUGAAAAUUUUGAAAUUUCCUUUAUUCCACUGGCUCAUAAAGAUAGAAUCAACAGCAUUGUCUUUUCAUCUCCUAACUGCAUUGAUGAAUUUAAAAAUUCUCUUGCAACAUGCAGUGACGAUGGCUCAGUUAGAAUAUGGGAUUUUGAGUCUCAGGAACUAAAAUUGGUCAACACUGGACAUCAGGAGUGUCAAAAAAUAGUUGAUGUAGAUUGGUCUUCAGCUAAUCCAUCAUUGGUGGUGUCAGUAGCCGACUCUGCAACUUUGAUGUACUGGGACAUCCUUAGCAAUGUAACACGUAGAAUAAAUAUGGGAGUUAAAAUAAAUCCUACAUGUGUAGCAGCCUGUCCUCAUGAUAAGAUGCUGGUGGCUGUAGGAGCAAAGGGAGGCAUCAUUCUUAUUGUUAAUCUUAAAGGGAUUGGAAGUGUUCAAAAUAGGAUGCGUUCUCAUGAAGCAGACAUUGUUUCCCUUUCUUGGUGUCCUGUGAAGCAUAACAUAUUCCAAGAAAAUGGUGGAACUUCAAAAUCUACCAAUGGAGAGUUGGAAGUUUCAAAUGGAAAACUGAGUUCAGACGAAAGUGAGUCGAGUACAAUUAAUUCGAAUAAAGAGAACGAUGUCUAUCUUUUGGCAUCUGGCUCCAAAGAUCGCAUUAUUUACUUUUGGAGAGCUGGAACUGACUGCCGAUACGAAUCUUCUGUUUCCAUGCCACAUCAGUCCCUAUCAUCGGGAUUCAGGCGGAAAAUUGCCGAUAAAUGGGACAAGACGUCUCCUUCAUCCUGGAUCUGUGUGAAAUGGAUCGAUCCUUACACGCUGAUUUCCGGAUCGCCGUUCGGAGAACUCCUCGAGUGGAACUUGGCCAAUGUUCAACCCAGAGAGAAAGAGAAGGAAAAGGACAAGUUACUCAAGAACAAGACACCUCCAUCAAAUCCCAAGGUGAAAGCACUGCAUGGAAAUCACACCAAAGGAUUGUAUUGCGUUGCUUGUCCUGAUUUGCCAUCAAGACCGAAUAGAGACAAGGAGAAUAGGCACAUCUGGUCGACGGCGGUUGAUAAGAAGCUGAUUUGCACGUCGCUGAGAACAGGGAAAGUGACCGCUGAGAUCACCACCAUCGGAGGCAUUGUCUACUGUCUGGCUAUCUCACCUCUCGAUCCGAAUAGGAUUGCCAUCGGUAUUGGUGACUCGAAAAUUUUGAUUUGGAAUAUGGCCUCAGAGAACACCAACUUUACUGUGCUGUGGCAGAGAGUGAAUGGAAAAGUCAUGGCUCUGGAAUGGCACCCGACCGAUGAGAACUUGCUGGCAUUUGGCACGGGGGAGGGGCGCGUGGGACUGUUCGACGUCUCUUCCCCCUCCAAACCACCCGUCAUCUUCAGGCAGUACCAUCGUCGCUGCGUCUAUCGACUCUGCUGGGCGCCGCCCAUCAUCAAACCUGAAAAACAUUCAGAAGACAAAUUGGCGCUAUUUUCAGUAGGAGAUGGUGAUGUUCUCCAAAUGAAUUUGGAAACCCCUGACGCAGAGCCGGAGAACUUGCAACAGAAGUUCGUGGAAGCCGAUCGAACGUCAGGAUCCAAUAAACCAAUCGGUCGCUCUGAUAUUCUUUGGAAGCCUGAUCGCAGUGUCAUUGCAUUGGGAAACGAAAAUGGUGUGAUCUACAUAUUGGACGCGACAAGCCUGGUGAAGCAGCAGAUGAUCUUCGCGCACAAGAAGCUGGUGCAGUCACUUCGCUGGCACCCGGCGACGGUGACCAGUGACGCGGCCGGUGGCCUCUCGCCCUGCCACACCUGGCUUGCCACUGCCUCCGAUGUCCUCAAGGUCUUCGACGUGCAACCAGAUUCUACCAAGGAGGUUGCUGUUUUCAACCUGCAGAAGGAGAAAAUUGUUGAGGUUUCAUGGAGUCCCCACAUCAAUGGACGACUUGUGUCUGUAUCUUAUGAUUAUACUGUGCAAGUGUGGGACGUGAUAAACAAAGCGCCACUGGUGAGCUACCUGUCGCAUCACAACGCCGUGCUGACAGCUGUGUGGAGUCCACUCGACCCUGACGUCAUCAUCUCCGGCUCGGCCGACAACACGCUCCGCGUCUGGAGGCUGUCCGAGCAGACCGACAAGCGGCCCUCCGAAAAACGAAAGACUAAGAUUAACAACAGACUCAAGAAAAUGGCGAAUGUUCCAGAAGCUGUUGACGUUACCAAAGAAAGAUCUGAAUCACCCGUUGCUUCAAAUUCAACCAAUUUAAACAAAUCCGAAAAUGAAAUUCAGAAAGAAUGCAUCUCAUCACAAGUGCAGAAAAUAAAAAGCAAGUCGCUGUUUCCGGUAUCGGGAAGUGCACUGAAUCUGAGCAGACACUUGAGGGAGCACUUCCGGCAAUGGAAGGAGGCCAAAAGUCAGGCCAACGAAAGCAAGCCAACUGCAAGCAAAGAACCAGCUGCUGUCAAUGGCAAUGGAACCCACUCGUCCUCCCCGCCCAACAUGGAGACCGGAUAUUUGGACUUUUUCUCUGACGGAAAUGCCAUGCGCCGAUUACUCAUGGCAGAAGAGGUGGAACUGAGUGAGCUGGGCCACCAGAAACAGUUGAUAGAAUGCAUGCUGUGGAGAGGAGAUGUCACUGGCUUAAUACAGGAAGCCAUUCAGAAGAAACAACUGACGCCCUAUCUUGUAGCAAUGGCUCCUAUGGCCUCUGUCAGAAUGUGGAAGGAUGCAUGCUCGGUGUACGCCGAACAGCUGUCGAAUCAGGGCGAGCACAUGAGAGCGGCUAGCUUCCUGAUCGCCAUUCACAAGAUAGAGGAAGCCGUCCAGCUGCUGGCCGACAACAAGCUGUACAGGGAGGCCAUUGCUCUGGCCAAGUGUCGGCUGCCCUCCAACGAUCCCCUCAUCCGAACUAUCAUGAGUGACUUUGCCAAGCACUCGCUCAGCAAUGGACAGCUUCAUUUGGCUGCUCACUGUUUGCUGUCAUUGGACGAGCCGCUGACCGCCAGUCAGAUGCUGGCCCGCUGCAAAGACCUGAGCUCAAUGCGAUUGGCCGCCCUUCUGGCCCUCGAAGCCAACGCCCACGACAUCGCUGUCAACCUCGCCAAGAAUUGCUUCAGAUCUGCCCUCAUUGCCAGUGACUUCGACACUUGUCAAGAGAUACUCGACGAGCAUCCAGGAUUGAAGUUCCUCAAUCUAUGGGCAAACGCUAGUAAAUGCAUCACUGAAAGUGCCAAACCAGACGUGGAAGCGCAGUUUGAUUGGAUCAAGGCAAAUGAAAAGACUGAGAAAAUCAAUGAUACAAUUAUUGAGAAAAUUCGACAGGAUGCUAAAUCCUAUCCCGACUGUUAUGAGACGUUAAGAAAACAUAUCACUGACUUCAUUCAGCUUGACACUGACAAGCAGUUGUGGCUGUACAUAAGUUGUGAGUUGACCCUAGCUGGAACAGCGGAACGAAAUCUAGUCAGUUUGAAGCAUGUGGUGAAAGCCAUGUCAAGUGCUUACAAAUAUCAAAUGCUCAACGGUAGCAAGGAGCCACUGCUCCGUCUCUGUAUGCUACUCUUUCCGAAAGGGCCAAUGUCUCAAGAAAAUCUAUUCAAAAAUCGUGCCAAUUAUGAAGAGAACGAGAAGAAGCUAAUGAGCAGUAUCAACAGCUAUAUGUUCGCUGGUAUUUUCGGAUGGUUGUCAGAAAAUGUGAAGAAUGUCCCCGAAAACUGGAAACAAGGCGAGACGAAAGACUUGGAAUGGAUUAAGGAGGUUAUCGACUUUUUCAGGUUUGACUUGAUCAAUGCGCAGAACUUGCAGUAUUUCAAGAACAUACAUAUGAUCGAGAACUUGGAACACAAGAUUGCGUUGUCGAAAUGCGUCCCGAGCAAUGAGAAAAUCGAAGGACGGGUCAUCCUGACCGCAGUGCGAAAGCAAAAUCGAUCCAAGUCCAAUCCGUCAAGUCCCAAAGUGGUGGAGAAAGUGGUGGAUCACAACAAGUCGACGAAUGCUAAUGGCAAAGAAGAGACAAAGACUGAAGACAAUGCAAGUAGUUCCAAUAAAGAAAACACAUCUGCAAAGGAAUGCAAAAAGGAAGAAGUGGUUGUUCAGUCCGGAAAGUGUGAAACGAAAAAAGAAACUGUCGAAGAACUCACGAAAACCUCUUCUAUUGAAGGGAAAAUUAAGAUUGAUGAAGGAAUUGUAGUUGAGAAUGAAGAAAAGAUGAAGGUGGAAGCAGUUGAAAGCGGAAAGUGUGAAAUAAAAAAAGAUAUUGGAGAAACGUGUAUAAAAUCUACUCCUAUUGAAGUGAAGACUAAGAUCGAUGAAGGAAUCGUUCUUGAGGAUGAAAAAAAGAUUGAAGUGAAAGUCGAAACAGGAAAGACUGAAACAAAGAAAGAUAAUGUUGACUCAACUGAAUGUGUGAAAGAAGUGAAACGAACUGAAGCCACGCCUCAUGAAGUAAAGUUGCAGUCGGGUGAGAAUGUAGCAGAUCAAAAUGGAAAGAAUAAGAAUGAACUAGUUGUUGAAAAUGAUAAGAAAAAAGGCGUGACGUCAAAUGCUUGUGCAAAGCAAGAAAAGGUUACAGCACAGGCCACUUGUGAUAAAGUAAUUUCUGAAGUAGAAAAAGAUCUUAGUUGCAUCAAAGAAUUCAAGGCUAAAUUUGAAUCUGAGAGAAUCUCGGUUCCAAAUCCGUAUUCUGCAUUCUUUGAUAUUCAAAACUUUGUCAAGUCAUUAACCAAAGAUGCUCAUCCAGAUCUUUAUGAAGAUAUGGAGAACAAACUACAAGAGGCUUGGAACAGAGCCAACGAGGCAUGCAACUAGAUGUAUGUGUACCACACAGUAAUUGGUCCCUUUUCCUUCAAGAGGCUUGGAACAGAGCCAACGAGGCAUGCAACUAGAUGUACGAGAAUGUGUACCACACAGUAAUUGGUCCCUUUUCCUUCAAGUUGUUGUAACAUGUUGUUAACCCGCUGCUUCGUUAUUGGUUGUUAUUAUUAGCUAUAGGGCAUUUUAGAGAAAAUAGGAUUUUUUAAAUCAUAUAUUAUUCCUACAAUUUUGUUUCGUAAAUUUCAAUUGGGACAAUUUUCAGUUUAGUGUCCUUCUUGUUAUUAUCUAUUCAUUGCAAAACUAUUGUUUUGAAAGCUCAACAUAUUCAUAGAAUUCUUUUGUUUUUAGCUGUAUUGAGACGUAAGACAUUACGAAAAUUCCUUUUCAGUUUAGUAACAUAGAUUUAGCAUGAAAUCAGUCUUUUUUCAUUUUUAUUCUGGGUUAGCGAGUGAAACUGGAUGAUUUGAUAAAGUAAUCAAAGCCCGAAAAACUUGAAAAAUAUCUUUAUUGCAGUAGAGGCAUUUCUGUAGACUAGCCUGGGAAUCGCCAAUCUAUUUUUGUAAUUUUUUUAUAUAUAUAUCUAAAAUUAUUUAUCAAGAAUUUAAAAAAAAA